GAGGGUAAAGGAAACGAUACCACCACAAGUUGCCCGCGGUGUUGCGCAGAGCGCGCCAUGGAAAGCAUCGUCGCCGCUUCCUCCGCGACGCGUUCCCUUCUUCUCCCCCGCUCUCUCCCCAUCUCCGCCGCCGCGAACCCGGAGAUCGCGAAGAGCCCCUUCUCCUCCUCUCUCUCCUCCUCCCCCUCCACCACCCCAUCCUCCUCCUCCUCCUCCUCCGCCUCCGCGCCUCCUUGGAGCUCCAAGAACCCUAAAUACCCUCGGAUUCUGCCGCCUCCUCGGUGCUCUUCGUCCGGAUCCCGCGAAGAACCCGUCCCUUCGCGCGACCUCGCUCUCCUCUUCGAAGUCGAAGGGGUUCUCGCUGAUGUGAAUCGCUUUGGCAAUCGUCAAGCUUUCAAUGUAGCAUUUCAGAAACUUGGCUUAGAUUGUGCUAAUUGGACUGAGCCAAUAUAUGCUGACUUGGUGAGGAAAUCUGGUGGUGAUGAAGAAAGGAUGCUGAUUUUAUUUUUUAACAGGAUUGGCUGGCCCACCUCGUUGCCUACAAAUGAGAAGGAAACAUUCAUGAAAAGCAUUAUGCGGGAAAAGAGGAAAGCUUUGGAAGAAUAUGCAGCAUCUGGCAGCUUGCCUUUGCGUCCUGGAGUUGAAAAUUUCAUUGAUGAUGCAAUUAAGGAAAGUAUACCUGUUGUCAUACUGACAACAUAUGGCAGAAAUGGGGAGAAAAUGUCCAGAUCUAUCACCGAAAAACUUGGACAUGAUCGAUUAUCAAAAAUAAAAGUAAUGGGAAAGGAAGAGGUUGAAGGAAGCUUCUAUGGACAACUUGUUCUGGGGAAAGGAAUAUCAUCUAGCUUGGAUGAGCAACUGCUCAAAGAAGCACGAAAAGCAGCAUCAUUGGAGAAGCAAAGGAUUGCUGAGGAGGUUGCUUCCAUUCUGAAAUUAAGUGUUGACAUUAAUAUGGGCCUAUCUGAGAGCUUCGAAACUAUUGUGGCAGCACUGCGAGCUGGGGCUGAAUAUGCAGGGUUGCCUGUGCAAAAUUGUGUGCUUAUUGCGGGCAACCAAUCUGGUGCUCUUGCAGCUGAGCACAUAGGCAUGCCUUGUGUUGUUCUAAGGAACAGCUUCACAGCUCGAGCCGAGUUUCGUUCUGCAAAGGCUGUGAUGGAUGGGUUUGGUGGAGCAGAUUUAACAAUCUCAAAGCUACGCAGCAAACGAUGGUCCUGACUAUUGAUAAAUAAAUAUGCAGCUAAUACAUAAGAAACCAGUUACACUUAUAUACGGCAUUGUUCGUGGUAAAUUCUGCAUCCAGAUGCAAAAGGAGAGGUUGUUAAGCGCUGGACUGUUCUGGCAAUUAAUUCUGAGGUGCCUCCGAUACCUUUUUCAUUUGAAAUAAUGGUGCGAUGCAAUUUGGGCAGCCCUAAUAAAGGGAAACUUGAGAAUUUUCAUAUAGCCCCAUGCUUGUUUGUGGCCAUAACCUCUAUCAUGUACCAGUUUGUGCUAUAGAUCAUAUAUGUAAACCAAAAUUGUUAUCUUCUUUUUUCUCCUCCCUGAACUUGCACCCAAAAAGGAGGUGUUGUCUUGCAUCUAUUUGUUUAAGAAUUAAUUAUUUCACAUUGAUAUUA